UGUUUGCAGACCAUAAUCCAAAUAUCAUGAUGUUGGGAAAACAUUUCUGUGGCAGCUGUAUUGACAUAGGGGUUCUUGCACAACACAUGUUCUUUCAAUUUAACCGUUGGAAUGUCUCCAUUCCUUAAAGCCACAACUUUUUGGGUCAACCAAAGCAAACUCUGAGUUUGCACGAUUAAGGCUAAAGAAAAGUUUCUGCAGUUUUGAAACCCUUCUUUAUCCCAUUUCAUUAUGCAACUCUGACUUCCUCAACAUCGGCAGAUCCCUAUACAGUUGGCAUUUGCAAAUUGUACACACACACACACACACACUCAGACACAGACACAGUUCUACUGUAUUUCACACGGUUUAGAGUAGUGUAUAAACAGAGAUAAUCUUCUAAAGAGGGCCUUUAUUCAGAGCCACUAUGCUGGUGUAAAGUUCACAGAAUAGACAGGGCUCUAUCUUAUCUCAAGGACUUUUUACAACUCAAUAUUUUGGACAUUCAGCUCUUUUCCCCACCCAGAAAAUCAACCAUUAACUCUGGGUUGAAUCUGACAAGGCAAGGCAUAACUAGCAAUCCCAUUCCUCCAUCUGUCUUCACUUUCUCUGGCGAAGACAUGGGGAAAGGCCUCUUUGUCAGCAAAGCAGUGGCAGUGACCUGUGUGGUCGCAGCCAUCGGUGCUGUAGCCACCAUCAUAGCCCUGUCUGUGGUUUACGCUCAGGAGACGUCAAAGAAUGAAGUGACGCCUUCAUCCACCGCCAGCCCCAACACCAGCCCCAACACCAGCCCCAACACCAGCCCCACCACACCCUCCACCCCGAAGGAGCCCUGGCAGCGAUACAGACUCCCAGACUCCCUCGCUCCCGUCUCCUACAAUGUCACCCUGUGGCCCCGGCUGGAGCCCAACGAAGGCGACCUGUACAUCUUCACCGGACACUCCGCGGUGGUGUUCAGAUGUGUGAAGGAGACCGACCUCAUCAUCAUCCACUCCAACAAGCUGAACCUCACCUCCUUCGAGGGCUACCAUGCCAAGCUGAGGGGCCUCAACGGAGCGACUGCGCCCGGCCUGAAAGACACCUGGCUGGAGAUUCCCACUCAGUACCUGGUGGUUCAGCUCGACAGUCCGCUGCAGGCCGGCAGCACGUACGAGCUCUUCACCGAGUUCCUUGGAGAGCUGGCCGACAACCUGGGAGGAUUCUACAGGAGUGAAUACACGGAGGAUGGGGUGAAAAAAGUUGUAGCCACAACUCAAAUGCAGCCGACGGAUGCCAGGAAAGCCUUCCCCUGCUUCGAUGAGCCCGCUAUGAAAGCAGUCUUCCACAUGACCCUCAUUCACCCCUACGAGACCGUGGCUCUGUCCAACUCCAUGAACUACGAUCCUUUAAACAUUACUAUGGAAGGACACAAUCUAAUCCAGACAAGCUUCGAGCCCACGGAGAUCAUGUCAACCUACUUGCUGGCUUUCGUUGUGUCUGAUUUCACAUUCAUUUCGAAUCAACCGGAUGCAGACGUUUUGAUCAGGAUCUGGGCUCGCAGGAGGGCUAUAAAGGAGGGCCAGGGGGACUAUGCCCUGGAGAAGACUGGGCCCAUACUGGCAUUCUUUGCGGACUAUUACAACUCUUCUUAUCCCCUGAAAAAGUCAGACCAGAUCGCACUUCCUGACUUCAGCGCCGGAGCCAUGGAGAAUUGGGGCCUGAUCACCUACAGAGAAACCGCCCUCUUAUAUAACCCCGGCGUGUCAUCCAAUGGAGACAAGGAGUGGGUGGCAACAGUCAUCUCCCACGAGCUCGCUCAUAUGUGGUUUGGGAACUUGGUGACCACGCGGUGGUGGAAUGACCUGUGGCUCAACGAGGGAUUUGCCACCUACGUCUCUUAUCUUGGAGCCGACUAUGCUGAGCCAACAUGGAAUAUGAAAGAUUUAAUCGUCCUGAAUCAGAUCGUUGGUGUGAUGUCUGUGGAUGCCUUGGCCUCCUCCCACCCGCUCUCAUCCAAAGAGGAGGAUAUCCUGACGCCAGAGCACAUCAGCGAACUGUUUGACUCCAUCACAUACAGCAAGGGAGCUGCGGUCCUCAGGAUGCUCUCAGAGUUUAUCACUGAAACCGUCUUUUCCAAAGGACUUAAUACAUACUUGGAGGAGUUCAAGUAUAGCAACACAGUCUACACAGACCUCUGGAAGCACCUGCAAAUGGCAGUGGAUAACGCCAACAUAGAGCUGCCAGACUCUGUCGAGGUUAUCAUGAACCGGUGGAUCCUACAGAUGGGGUUCCCGGUGGUCACCAUCAACACCCAGACUGGAAGAAUUACCCAAAAACACUUCUUGUUGGACCCAGACUCUGUAGUAGACAGACCCUCAGAGUUCAAAUAUGAGUGGUUUGUCCCUAUCACGUGGAUUAAGACUGGAGGAGCCGAGCAGCAGUACUGGCUUCUUAACAAAGAGGCUACAAACGCAAACAUGACUCUUAGUGCUGAUGAUUGGCUGGUGGCCAACAUAAACAUGAAGGGCUUCUACCGAGUCAACUACGACUCCGACAACUGGGAGCGUCUCCUCACCAAGCUGAGCUCCCGACAUCAGGACAUCCCGGUGAUCAACCGAGCUCAACUCAUCGACGAUGCUUUCAACCUCGCCAGGGCCAAGAUGGUGAACACAACUCUGGCUCUGAGGACGACCAAGUUCCUCAAUACAGAGGUCGAAUACAUGCCCUGGGAGACAGCCAGGCACAGCUUGAACUACUACUUCCUGAUGUUUGACCGCAGCGAAGUUUACGGGCCCAUGCAGGCUUACCUGAAGAAUCAGGUCACCCCUUUGUUUAACCACUUCAAAAACAUCACUGUCAACUGGACAAAGAUCCCAGAAAAUCACACCGACCAGUACAACCAGGUGAAUGCAAUCUCCAUAGCCUGCAGCACUGGAGUGGAAGGCUGUAAGGAGCUGACCACCGGCUGGUUCAGAGAGUGGAGGAACAACCCCACGAACAACACGAUUAGUCCCAACCUGAAGUACACAGUGUACUGCAGUGCGAUCGCAGCGGGAGGGGUGGAGGAGUGGGACUUUGCUUGGUCCAUGUUCAAGAACGCCACCAUCGCUACGGAGGCUGACAAACUCAUGUCCGCUCUGUCCUGCACCAGACAGCCCUGGCUGCUGAACAGGUAUCUGGAGUAUUGUCUGGACCCAGAGAAGAUCCGUAAGCAGGACGCCACCUCCACCAUCAUUUCCAUUGCUAGCAACCCCAUCGGUCAACCUCUGGCAUGGGACUUUGUCAGAGCCAAAUGGGACCAUAUAUUCAAUGACUAUGGUGGCGGAUCGUUUUCCUUCGGAGGACUUAUAAUCGGACUGACCAGACGAUUCUCCUCUGAGUUUGAGUUACAGCAGUUGCUGCAGUUCAAAGAAGACAACGCCGGGCAGCUUGGCUCGGCCACCACGUCUCUCGAGCAGGCGCUGGAGAGUACCAAGGCCAACAUAAACUGGGUGGCGAUGAACAAGGAGCAGGUGCUUGAUUGGUUCACCAGCGAGACCUCUUUACCAGUUUAACACAAGUGCAGAUUGUCUUACUGACUUUUACACCAGCUAGAACCAAUUGUGGUAUUAUAGAUAUUCUGAAUGUAAUGUUUUUUUUCUUAAAUGUAAAGGUUUGAUUAUGCAUUUUUAUGGAUAUUGAAUAAAAACAUUAAAAACAUGUUUUGAUGCUGUACAUACUGUAAACAUUUAAGAGGUUUUGAAUAGCUGUCACGACACAAGCGUGUGAUAUUCUCUGCUUCCCCGUGUUUUUUUUUUGCAUCUAUUGUUGAUGCCAGUGUUUUGAAUAUAAGCCAUAUUAGAUUGUGACAUUUUGUACCUCCAAACUGUGAGCACAGUCCAUUUAAAUGUAAAAUAUCUGAAAAUAAAUGUCAGCAAACUUUUA